AUGGAUGACCCAGAAGCCACUGUUUCCGAGCCGGUGUCCGUCAAUUCUUCAACAGAAGCAUACUGCCAUUUACACGAGAGUUACAAGUAUAUUUUGCUACCUGUAACCUAUGGUAUGGUGACUGUGAUCGGGCUGUUGCUGAAUGGGGCCCUUCUGUGGCAGUGCUUGCGGAGUCGCCCCUGGAGCUGCUCUACGGUUUACCUCGUCAAUCUGGCAGUGGCAGACCUGCUCUACCUGCCUUCCUUGCCUUUACUCACAGUCAGUUACGCCAUGAGGGGCAAAUGGAUUUUUGGCAACGUCGCCUGCAAAGCGGCGCGCUUCCUUUUCUACGCCAAUAUGUAUGGCAGCAUUUUAUUUUUGACUUGUAUCAGCGUCCAUCGCUUCUUGGGAGUCUGCUAUCCCAUCAGGUCUCUUCCGUACAGAACCAAAGAGCGGGCUGUGUGGGGGUCGGCGCUGUCCUGGGGUGUGGUGCUGAUCGAACUUUUUCCAACUCUCGUCUUUUCGCGCAGUGUUGUAGUAGACAACUUUACGAUAUGCUACGAUGUUACCAGCCCGUCUCUCCUCUUCGUUUAUUUUCCUUACGGGAUAACUUUGAUCAUCACUGGAUUUUUUAUCCCAUUUCUCAUCAUUUUCUCGUGUUACUGGUCCAUGGUGAAGGUUCUUUCGAGAUCGCAGGAGCGCAUCACGGUGGGGAAGGAGAUCCGCUCCAAGUCCAUUCGCACGAUCCUGGUGGUGUGCACAGUUUUUGCGCUCUGCUUCGUACCUUUCCACAUCACGCGCUUUGCAUAUCUUUUUAUCGGUGCCUAUAAGGGAAAAGACUGCGGCUCCUUGAACUUUGUCGUGUUGUCCUACAAAAUCUGGAGGCCCAUCGUGAGUUUCAACAGCUGCAUUAGUCCUGUUUUAUACUUUUUAGUGGCGAGAAAAAACAGAAAACUCAUGUUAAAUCUUGGAAAAAAUAAAGUGAAUCCUUCACCAUAAAAAAGUUUCCCAAAGGAAAUGCAACGUCAGAAUAAAAAUCAGUAUCAACGAAGUGCCAAUUUGUGGCCCAUUGAAAAAACUUAUUUAUUCAUGAUUUCAUUUAAAAGCAUAAUCCUAAAACGAGUACCAAUGACUAGACUGCUUAAAAUGCUGUUCCAGCCACCCUUCCUCAUUUUAAUUCCAACUACAUGAAAAAAAUGGGAGUUUAAUGUCAUCAAAAUGGCACCUUUAGACUCCUUUGAAAAUCAGUGCAAUUUAAAAUUUCUCAUUGUGAAUUGUAAAAAUGUAAAUAUUGUUUUCAAUUUACAAACGUCAGCUAAACAUCGAUAUGGACAGUUAAUAUAAAAGUUUAAAAAGAGAAAAGAAUCUCUACAUUUUCUGAAUUCACUUUUCAUUUCAAGGUGACAGAACAGCAGCACCUCCCAUCAGUGGCUUCUAGGAAAGGACUCCAGUCAGGAUGUGAAAAGAACAGGUGGCUUUUGUUUUGGGGUGUACUGGACACAUGCAAACUCUGUAAGAACAACAAGGUUGGGAAUCAAAUCCAUGUUCCCUGAACUGUGACUAAAGUGCACUGUUUUGAGUAAGCAUGUUAUAUAAAGUAGAUGUCAAACUAUAUAGUACGAUACAAACAAGCAACAAACAUGCUAGCACUUGCCAGUCUUACUUUUAAAGAAGCAUGGAAAAAUGUUAAUUGAAAUGAGGGCUGGACAAGUAUAAUAAUAAUGAUAAUUCAUUACAUUUAUAUAGCGCUUUUCUCAGUACUCAAAACGCUAUCCACACAGGGAGGAACAGGGAAGCAAACGCAAAAUCUUCCACAGUCACCUUACUGCAAAGCAGCAGCACUACCACUGCGCCACCUGUGAUGGAUUAUGCAAACACACAACACAAUUUGUGGAGGUGAAUAGCCUUGGAACGUUUAGCUACUGUGAAAAGUGGGGUGGUGGCCUGUUUUACCAAAAUAAAACCAACCGUUAGCAUCCUUCUUCCCCCCAUUUAUUUGCUAUUAGUAAUCAAACUACUUCACUGCAGACUAAACCAGUACCAAUUAAACAUGAAUUGGGUAAAGUGCAAGAUUGUAUUUUGUUUGUUGCUUUUGUUUUUAACUAUUAAACA